CCAAGGUGCUCGAUUAGCACACGUCUGUUAAUCUGUUUUCUUUGAUCACACUUCUCAGUUGUGAUCAGCAUUCUGAAGACGAAGUCUGUCUUAGUCACAUGUUUUCAUUUUAAUUAAAGUUUACAUUGUUUUACCUCGUCAAUUCACAAACAGAAUCGGGAUGACGUAUCAGCAGUGGAAUCACCACCAUUACCAGGCUAUACCGGAAUCGAGGCCUUUGCUUAUGCAGCCAUGGCAGCACGAGUUUGGUUGUCCUGUGCCCAGACCUCGUUCCUUUUCGCUGGGCAGUCGCCCGACGGGUACAGAUUUGAUGGAAGUCUCGUCGAAAAGGAUUUUUGACACAACGCCCAUCAUUUUGCCUGUCGAUUCCAAUCAAAAUUACUGGUGUAAUAAUAACUACGUGAGCAGUAGCAGCAGCAAGCCGAAAAAUCAUUCAAGAAAAUGUGGUUGGCUACUCGUUUUCCUAUUGUUGAUUAUUACUAGUUUAAUAAUAUUAGGAUGGUGGAGAUUACGUAAGUUGCCAUCGGCUAUCGUGGAUUCAGAUGCUCAAACAGAUCAGGCUCUUAUGUCAUCAAUGACCCAACAACAACACCAAAAUCAACAUCCUUUACCACCACCUCCUCCACAACAGUCAGUGUACCAUCCGUUACCACCUCCACCAGCACCUCUAAUUCCCCCCGGCAGUCAGCAACAAUAUUAUGCCCAGCAGCAACCACCAACUGGAUGGCAACAGCUUUCAGCUCAGCAGCAACAACAACAACAUUAUCAGCACGUUCCACCUUCUGCUUUGGAUGGUCAUCGCAACUAUCAGCAGCAACAACAAUACCAACAGCCGUACGCCAAUCCCCAACACGGCUAUCCGCAACACUAUCAACAACCCCACUAUGGCCAGCAACAACAAGUUAACCCACAUCAACAUCAUGCCCAACAACACGUCAAUUAUCAACCGGAGAUGUCUCAUCAAGGGGAACAGGCACCGCGAAAAUCGUGGGUGAUGGAACAUGUAGACAAUCCGACGAUGCCAAUUCAAAAUGAUAUCCGACAUCAUCAACAUCACCAACCCCCACAUCAAGAACCACAUAAACCUGAACAAGGCCAACAGAGUCAGCAGCCUCAACGUAAACAUACCCAACAAUCACCACCACCUCAUGUUCAUCAGCAACAGCCGAUGGAGAAUGUUCUGAGUCGGCAGGAAGAACGAGCGAAAGCUAGAAAUCAGGCCAGGACGAUGAACCCGAUCAAGAACUCAACCAAAGUUCAGAACGACGACGACAUUUGGGAGGUAUGGGAUAAUUUAUUCAAGAAUCUAACGAUUUUUGAGGUACCCUUUGAACUAAAAUUACGUUUAGAACCGGCACAGUUUUCGUUCAGCGAGUCCGUCGUGGGUAAAGAUGGAACGAUUUUCGUGACGUCUUUCGAAGACGACGAGGACGUCACUGUCGAAGUAAUUGAAGAUGCUUGAACAAAUCAUUGUAGUCCACUUGUGUGUACAUUUUGUAAGUAAGGCAUUUUAAGAAUGAGCGUAUAAUACUUUUAAAAAGUCCAUCUUCCAUAUAAAGAAUGUAUAUUUUAAAUCAGAAAAUCUAUACAAGUUGAAAACGUCGGAUCAAUAAAAUACGUGAAUUGA